UCCGUCUCUGUCUGCUUGGUGGUCUCUCUAAAUCUUACAAGCUCUCUCUAUAUAUAUACUGCUUAUAGAGUGAUCAAGGAGAGCUCACUGUUAUAUUAAUUUAUAUAUCUCUAGGUGUGAUUAGCUUCUAGUUUUUCUCUCUAAAACUAUUAGCACACCACUCCUAGCUAGUCAGUGAAUGCAAAUUUAUUGCACAUUCAGAUAUUAUCUAAUAAUUAAGAUAUGGAGAUUGGAUCAGCAGCAAAUCAAGAAAAGGUCGGAGUUAUGGCUCUUGGUUGGCGUUGGAUUAUGGGUUUACCGAAGAAGUUCCAAGAGAAAGUAGUAGGAGUAGCUAACAAAAUUAAAAAGUUAGGAAAAGACGAUCCAAGAAGAAUAACUCACUCUAUCAAAGUUGGAUUGGCUCUCUCUUUGGUUUCACUCUUCUACUAUUUCAGACCUCUCUAUGAUGAUUUCGGUGAUGCUGCAAUCUGGGCAGUCUUAACUGUCGUUGUUGUCUUCGAAUUUAGUGUUGGGGCAACAUUGGGUAAAGGUAUAAACAGAGGAAUUGCAACAUUAUGUGCUGGUGCACUUGGAGUUGGAGCUCAUCACUUGGCAAAUUUAGCUGGAGACGACGGAGAACCAAUCCUCCUAGGAAUUCUUGUUUUCAUAUUAGCCGCAGUAUCUACAUAUACACGAUUUUUUCCUGGGAUAAAAGCAAGAUAUGAUUAUGGGAUGGUAAUAUUCAUAUUGACGUUUAGUUUGGUGACGGUUUCGGGUUACAGAAUUGAGAAGAUCUUAGUGUUAGCUCACCAAAGAUUAUCGACAAUUCUUAUCGGAGGUUCCACGUGUGUUAUCGUAUCGAUUUUUGUAUGUCCUGUUUGGGCUGGUGAAGAUCUACACAAAUUGACAGCACUUAACAUGGAAAAACUUGCAGAUUUCUUAGAAGGAUUCGGAGGAGAAUAUUUUGGACAAGAAAGGGAUGAUGGAGAAAGUUUUGUUAAAGAUGAUAGCAAAAAGAUGUUUCAUCAAGCUUAUAAAAGUGUUCUUAAUUCAAAAACCGCUGAAGAAUCACUGGCAAAUUUUGCGAGAUGGGAACCAUGCCAUGGGAGUUUCGGAUUUCGUCAUCCAUGGCAGCAAUACUUGAAGAUUGGAGGUUUAACUAGACAAUGUGCUUACCAAAUUGAAGCUCUCAACGGCUGCAUCAACUCAGAUAUCCAAGCACCAACAGAGUUCAAGAAGAAAAUUCAAGAAGCAUGCACAAAGAUGAGCAUGGAAUCAGGCAAGGCAUUGAGAGAUUUAGCACAAGGAAUAAGAACAAUGACAGUCCCUAGUGCUGCGGAAAUUCACAUUGAGAUCUCGAAAGCAGGAGAAGAUGACCUAAAAACCACACUAAAAAGUGCUGUCCUUGAAGAUAUUGAUGAUCUGUUAGAUGUCAUUCCGGUGGCCACAGUGGCAUCUCUCUUAGUCGAGAUUAUUUCAUGCACUGAGAAAAUUUCUGAAGCUGUAAAUGAACUUGCUCGGAUAGUGAAAUUCAAAACCAUUGAUCCUACAGUUACACCAGAAAAACCACACUUGCUUCAUCGUGGAUCUGUACAACCUGUUUGUUUCACAGAUAGCCCGGAGCAUCAUGUCUGUAUUACAGUAUUAUCGGAAAUUGAACAGGGUACUACGACGCUGGCGGGUCUGUUUCUGGAACGCAUUAAUAGUGUACCUAUUACUACAAGGGAAAACCAGGAACCAGUGAAGGGUGCAAGACAUGACCUGGAGGUUUAAUACAACUCAUACACGCAUGGGAAUAGAGCAAAAUUAAGAAUAUAAAGCUGCACAAAAAUAUUUUAAUGCAUGGAACAUAUAUAUUUAUAUAUCUCUACAAGUAUUUAUUGGUAGCAAAUUAGCUAGAUAUUUUUGAGAGAAAUAAAUAAAAGAUCGAUGGGAUAGUUUUGGUGUU